CAAGUGGGUGAGGGACGAGUUGGGGGCGAAGGAGCUGUUCCUCCGCCGUGGUGUCGACCCCCGGAUCUGAUUCCUGUCGUCGGUCGCCGUGGAGCUGGAGCCUGCCUUCUCUCCGGCGAGAUCUCCCCGCCGGUGAGUUGCUUCGCGCAGACCUAGGCGCGAUCUCCACACAUCGGUCUCUCGCUUGGUUUCUAGGUGACUUCUUCUGCGAUCUUAUCGCGUGGUCGUUCGUAAUCUCGCGAGGUUUGCCAGAUCGUUGGGGUUUCGCUUAUUUUGUUGCUUUUUGCCGAUUCUUUUGGCACAAUGAUAGGUUUUCAGGGGUCGAGUUGGUCUCUACGUAGGAAUACUAGGGUUUGGUCUAAUUUGGUUAGAUGCUGCCGAUUUCUACUUAGAUCGACAUUCUUUGCCAGCGGAUGCGUCAUGAAACAUAUCCUUUGGUUCUCGAGCAAAGAAACGUUAAAGUCUUGACUUUUCACAUGAGCGUAAUGUCCAAUUAAGGUGGGUUUUCCGAUGUAGGGUGGUCGUGCAUCUCUAUCUACACUGGCACUGCCUUCUAAUUCUGAUGUAUGGUUUGUCGGUCCAGUAAUACUUUCCUACUUAAUGAACGAUCCUGCAUCACAUCUUCUUCUCUCUACUAUCGCGUCAACCUCUGUGUGUGGCGUGUGCUCAAGAGAGAAGAAGAGGAAGAAAAAGAAAAGCAUCUUCUUUGGUGCAACCUCUGUUUGUGGUAACUGCAGAUCCUGCAUAUUCCAUGUCUCCUAACUUGGACAGCCCCAUUAAGACCCAGAUGGCAGUUUCAAUCUUAAGUCGCACCACCAGCAGUGACUACCAUGGGAGUAGCCAAAGCGAAGGAAAACAAGGUGGGCGGAGACGUGUGUUUGUCCAAACUGAAACUGGCUGUGUACUGGGUAUUGAACUGGAUCGUGGAGAUAAUGCCCACACCGUGAAAAGAAGGUUGCAAAUUGCUCUCAAUGUGCCUACUGAGGAGAGCUCCCUCACCUUUGGUGAUCUUGUGUUAAAAAAUGAUCUCAGUGCUGUCCGGAAUGAUUCCCCAUUACUUCUUACCAGGAAUGCCCUGCACAGAAGUUCCUCUACACCAUGCCUCUCUCCCACUGGAAAGGACAUUCAGCAUAGGGAUCGGAGCAGUCCAAUUGAAAUUUUAGUGUGCUCAAGCCGCUGCUCUCGCACCCGACAGCUGGUUAAGGAUGUCAUGAACGCUAUUAGAAAUGGUGUUGAACCUAUACCAGUUCACAGUGGGCUUGGUGGUGCCUACUACUUCAGGAAUGUCAGAGGCGAAUGUGUUGCAAUUGUGAAGCCUACAGAUGAAGAACCAUUUGCACCAAAUAAUCCUAAAGGUUUCACGGGGAAGGCCCUUGGGCGACCGGGCCUGAAAAGGUCUGUCCGAGUUGGCGAGACUGGAUUCAGGGAAGUUGCUGCGUACCUCCUGGAUUAUGAUCAUUUUGCCAAUGUCCCCCCAACAGUCCUUGUGAAGGUCACUCAUUCAGUUUUUCAUGUGAACGAAGGUGUUAAUUGCAAUGCUAGUGGGAAGGCUGUUGACAAGAAGCGUAGUGCUGUCAGCAAGAUAGCAUCCUUUCAGCAGUUUAUUCCUCAUGACUUUGAUGCUAGUGAUCAUGGGACCUCCAGUUUUCCUGUUGCGGCAAUACACAGGAUUGGUAUACUUGAUAUUAGAAUUUUUAAUACUGACAGGCACGGUGGAAACCUUUUGGUAAGGAAACUUGAAGGGGUGACUGGUAGAGUUGGGGCCCAGACGGAACUUGUUCCAAUCGAUCAUGGUCUCUGCUUGCCAGAGAGUUUAGAGGAUCCGUAUUUUGAGUGGAUCCACUGGCCACAGGCAUCAAUCCCUUUCUCUGAGGAUGAGCUCAAGUAUAUUGCUGACCUUGAUCCGGUCAAAGAUUCUGAGAUGCUUCGUAUGGAGCUGCCCAUGAUCCGUGAAGCAUGCCUUAGAGUUUUGAUCCUGUCAACUAUUUUUCUCAAGGAAGCUGCUGCAUUUGGGCUUUGCCUUGCAGAGAUUGGUGAGAUGAUGAGCAGGGAAUUCAGAGGAAUGGAAGAAGAGCCAAGUGAACUGGAAGUUGUGUGCAUUGAGGCAAGACAGUUGAUAGCAGAAAGAAUAGUAUUUUCUCCAGUAGCCAAUCCAAAUGAUGAUGAUGCGACUCUGUUUGACAUUGACUAUGAAGAAGCUGAUCUGGCAAUGCCAAAAUCACCAGCGUCUUGUGCUUUUGGACAAAGAGGCAGAAGCUCCAAAAACCCGCUGUCAAGAUUGGAGGAGAGUUUGGAGGAGCAGGAAGAUGAUGAGCACAUAGAAAGCAAUGUGAAGAGCACUUGCUGCCCAUCUGCCUGUGAAUGGCAUCCGCAUUUUUCAAAGCUGUCCACAUCUUUGAAGGGCAUAGCUCUUGCUGGAAAGAGUCAGCGAUGCCUGGUUGGUGCUCCGAGUGCUAAUUUUACUUGUAGUAAAAUUAAAAAUAGUGGUGGUGCUAGUAGGCCUCAGGUUGGUAAUAGUAGGAGUGCCAACGAACAGCUGCCUGCAAAUGUGAACUUUGUGAAGCUGGCUGACAUGGGGGAGGAGGAGUGGUUAGCAUUCCUGGAGAAGUUCCAGGAGUUGCUCCCAGGUGCAUUCCGUAGUCGGAAAUGUGGUGCUGCUGGCCAGAGGCAGAAGCAGAGGUUGGGCACUUCUUGCCAGUUUUGAGUAGAAGGUAGAUAUGGCAGGGUUGACAGCUGGUUUGCAGUCCAGUAGCGGUUGUUUGUGUGAGCCCUUUUCUAGUCGGGGUAAAGAAUAGAGAAGGGGAGAUUGCUGAAUAAUGAUGUUUAGAGGAUUAUGGUAUGUCGAAGGGAAGUGGAGGUGCGUCUUGUGGUUGUGCUUCCUCUGUAUAUAUGUUUUAUGGUUUUGUUUAAAUGUCGAAGGGAAGAAGGUAUUCUGAUAUCCUGCCUGUAUGCCGCGUACUUGAAGAAGAAAAAAAAAAUACUUUCAGCAAUAAAAACGUAAAAUAGCUGUAUGUAAA